AUGCUCAAGGGCCACUCUAACAACAGAGACGCGUCGGCCUACGCAGUCACCGAGUCCCUCACGAAGCGUGUUCGCCAGCUGGAGGAGCUGCUGCGCGCCACACAGCCCACCGGCAUCCCCCGGCCGACCACAGCCGAAACAACUGACAACUGCAUCGGGGGCCUAGGAUCGACCCAGACAGUCGAAACAGCACCUUAUUAUCUGUGCCCAUGGUCAUAUCAUCACGGGCUAUCGAGCUCAGUGCUCGACGACAUCAACCUCAACGGCCAGCAGGUAGCCAACACGGCUGCAAUGGAAUCCCGCACCCCUGCUCCGAUUCUUCCCUACAGCGUCACGGUCACGGUCACUGUCAGCGUACCGCCCGUCACCGUCUGUACAUCCAGCGUGGCUGUGGUGGUCGUGUCCGUAAAUGUCGUGAGCGUCCUGCCCGGCGCGAUCGAAAUGCGGCCGGCCAGCUGGGUCGCUGUCUCGGUUGUCGUGACUGUGAGCCCUGUGGUCGUAUCAGUCGCGGACACGUGCAUCGUCUCCGUCACGGUGGGUGUCACGGUUGUUGUGACCGUCGUGGCCAUCGGGGUCGUCGUGGCGGCCGGCGACGGUGAGCAUGUUGUCGAGCAGACCGUGGCUCCGGCACAGAGACAGGCACACUUGUACGCGGCUGCAUUGGGGCACUCGGCGGCGUAG